AUGACACAUUUAGAUCUAGAACAGGCUGUCAAAUUCUUUACAACUCUCCAUUCUAAUAAACUGGAAACUGACAAUGCUGGUAUUACUUGUGUGAACGUGUCAUUCCAUGCCUCUGUGUCACAGGGUAUGGGUUAUCUGCAUGCACGAGGCAUUGUACAUAAGGACCUGAAGACAAAAAACAUCUUCCUGGAGAAUGGCAAGGUCGUCAUCACUGAUUUCGGACUCUUCAAUGUCGCCAAGCUGUGCAGACAAAACAAGGACAACUGGCUGUCGAUUCCACCGGGCUGGCUCUGCUACCUCUCUCCUGAGAUUAUCAAAAGUCUAGAGGCGCGGUGGCGCCACGAUCACGACCUCCCGUUCAAAGCCACGUCGGACGUGUUCGCGUUCGGGACGAUGCUCUACGAGCUGCUAUGUGGAGAGCAGCCGUUCAAGCAGCAGCCUCCUGAAGCCAUCAUCUGGCAGGUCGGCAAAGGCAUCAAGCAACCGUUCGGACACAUACAGGCCUCGCGCGAGCUAAAGGUGCUGCUGAUGCUCCGCUGUAAAGCCACGACUGUGUGUUGGCUGUGA